UCUCUCCCUUGGUCUGUCUCUCUCUACUCAGUCGGUCAGUCUCUUCCACUCCUUAACUCCUCCAAACAUCCACCAACAUAAACCACCCCCUUUCUCUCUGGGAAGCGCCAUGAAAUUUAGGUGUAGGGUUUGAUUUAUUUAUUCAAAAACUACACAAAAAUGGCAUCUGUUUCUCUCUCUUCCUUACCUGAACUUGCCUUUCUCCGCCCGGACACCAAUCGCAAACUCCGAAUUUCUCUCUCUGGAUUCUCUGUCUCGAGAAUCAACUCUCACACCAAACUCGAUCUCUCGCUUCGGACCAGAACCAGAGCUGUCCAGAAAGAGGAAAUUGUGGUUGAGGAGAGACAGAGUGAGCUGAUCGGUGAAGUGAAUGGUGUUGAAUUGAGUGGGAAUGGUUAUAGUGGGACGGUUGAGAGGUAUACCAAUGGUAGUGUUGGUGUGGUGGAGAGUGAGAAUGGGGCGACCAAUGGAAGCUUAGUGAAGUACGUUAAUGGAAAUGGCGUUGCAUUGGGAAUUGAUGGUGGAGUUGUGGAAUCGAAGUCGGAGGAGGUUGGGAGGAAGAAAACUAUUGAAGAGAUUGGUCAAGAGGACGCUUGGUUUAAGAAACGUGGACAAGAUCAGGUUGAGGUCUCUGUUGCCCCUGGGGGUCGUUGGAGUAGAUUCAAAACUUAUUCGACAAUACAAAGGACUUUGGAAAUAUGGGGAUUUGUUCUCACUUUUAUCUUUAAGGUUUGGUUCAACAAUCAGAAAUUCUCUUACAAAGGUGGAAUGACGGAGGCGAAGAAAGUGCAGAGGCGGAAAGCCCUUGCCAAGUGGUUAAAGGAAAGUAUUUUGAGAUUAGGUCCUACGUUCAUCAAAAUUGGCCAGCAAUUCUCUACAAGGGUUGACAUUCUUGCUCAAGAAUAUGUUGAUCAGUUGUCGGAACUUCAGGACCAAGUACCACCAUUCCCAUCAGAUACUGCUGUAUCUAUAGUUGAAGAAGAGCUUGGAGCACCUUUGGAUGAUAUAUUUGAUCGGUUUGACUAUGAACCAAUAGCUGCUGCUAGUCUCGGUCAGGUCCACCGUGCAAAAUUGAAGGGGCAGGAAGUUGUUGUCAAAGUACAAAGGCCUGGUCUCAAGGGUCUUUUUGAUAUUGAUCUAAAAAACCUCAGGGUAAUAGCAGAAUAUCUUCAGAAGGUUGAUCCAAAGUCAGAUGGUGCAAAAAGGGAUUGGGUUGCUAUCUAUGAUGAGUGUGCAAGUGUCUUAUAUCAGGAGAUUGAUUAUACCAAGGAAGCCGCUAAUGCAGAACUGUUUGCUAGUAACUUCAAAGACAUGGAUUAUGUGAAGGUCCCAUCAAUAAAUUGGGAAUACACCACACCACAGGUUUUGACAAUGGAGUAUGUCCCAGGAAUAAAAAUAAACAGGAUACAAGCUUUAGAUCAGUUAGGUGUCGAUCGCCAAAGGUUGGGUCGCUAUGCUGUUGAAUCAUACCUGGAACAGAUUCUGUCUCAUGGUUUCUUCCAUGCUGACCCUCAUCCUGGAAAUAUAGCUGUGGAUGAUGUUAAUGGAGGAAGGCUGAUCUUCUAUGAUUUUGGAAUGAUGGGAAGUAUAAGUCCCAACAUCAGAGGGGGCUUGCUGGAAACAUUCUAUGGAGUUUAUGAGAAGGAUCCAGAUAGGGUUCUUCAAGCAAUGAUUCAAAUGGGUGUGCUUGUGCCCACUGGAGAUAUGACAGCUGUCAGACGAACGGCACAGUUCUUUCUUAAUAGCUUUGAAGAGCGCCUUGCAGCACAAAGGAAAGAGAGAGAGAUGGCAACGGCAGAACUUGGAUUUAAAAAGCCAUUGAGCAAGGACGAAAGAAUAGAGAAAAAGAAGCAGCGGUUAGCAGCAAUAGGGGAAGAUUUGUUGGCCAUUGCAGCAGAUCAACCCUUCCGGUUUCCUGCAACAUUCACCUUUGUUGUUAGAGCAUUUUCAGUGUUGGAUGGCAUUGGGAAGGGCCUUGACCCUCGAUUUGAUAUUACUGAGAUUGCUAAACCCUAUGCACUGGAAUUGCUGAGGUUUCGUGAAGCUGGUGUUGAAGUCAUCUUAAAGGAUUUCAGGAAGAGAUGGGACCGGCAGUCCCGUGCAUUCUACAACUUAUUUAGACAGGCUGAUAGAGUUGAAAAGCUCGCUGAAAUUAUCCAAAGAUUGGAGCAAGGUGAUUUGAAGCUUCGAGUUCGAACUUUGGAGUCUGAAAGGGCUUUCCAACGUGUUGCAACUGUUCAGAAAACAAUAGGCAGUGCAGUAGCAGCUGGAAGCCUAAUAAACCUAGCCACAAUUUUGUAUCUCAGUUCAAUUCAAGUGCCUGCUACGUUGGCGUACAUGUUCUGUGCAUAUUUUAGUUUUCAAGUUCUCAUUGGCAUUUUCAAGGUUAAAAAAUUUGAUCAACGCGAGAGGUUGAUAACGGGGACUGCUUAAAUUUAUGGGUGAAUGUUGUGAUUCAGCCAGUUAUUGGUGCAAGUCAAUAUUCCAACCAUAGGAAAAGCAGAAACGCUUGAGAAAUGCUUGAUGCAAAGUUCUUUUGAAGUCAAUAUCAAUCGAGUUUUCCAGCACAGGUUUUUUGGCGAAUAUUUAGACCGAAUAUCUGGGCACAUUAUUGUAGAGAAGGUAGGGACUUAUCAUGGCAAUCCAUCCACAAAGUUGGACAUGUAUUUAGGUCAGUCAAGAACCGUUUGUUCAAGUUCGAGCUCCCUACAAGAAUGUUCCUGACCGGGUUGGUCUCUUGAGGUUGUACUUUUGGUAAGCAGACCAUUAGUUACUGCUUUCAGGCUUAGUGAAGAUGUAUUUUAGUAAACAUACUACAGUUAUAUAAGGUGUUCCAACCGGCUUUGGUGAGAUAGACGGCCCCAUAAACUGUGUAUAGUAAACGUUAUAAAAAUUCUUUUUUUUUUUUUUUUUUGUCCCCGAUGGACUUUUUGGGAUUUGUUUAAUGAAAAUGAUUAUUUAGGUUA